AUGCUACGCACGCGUCUUGGUGCGAGGCUUUUGGGCGCCAGCGCGCGGCGAUCUGCGCUGUCUCGAGAAGCUACACAGUACAUCCAUGCUUCAGCACUGAUCAAGCAGCAGCUAGGAUGCUUCGCAGCUAGGGACGCGUCCUGGGAGUGGCUCAAAGAUCCCGAGAACCCUCGCUUGCAACGCUUCCUCAAGCUGGAGCGAAAUUAUCUGGUGAACCAGCUCUCCAAGCCGAAGUUCCGGAAAGUGGAGCGCGCAUUCAACGUAGAGCUACGUAAUCGUCUCUUGCGCGAAGACUUUAGCAUCCCCGAGUGCAUCGGCAAAUACGAAUACUUCAUGCGGCAAGCACCAGGUGAAAAUUUUCCCGUUUACUACCGUCGACGUCGAGUUGCCGAGUCGGAUGCAACGGCAACUUCAACGAACGAGGAAAUUGUGCUAAACCAGAAUGUGGAGCCUUCACUUAAGCACGGCUUUCAGUUUGUAUCCGGUAUGAAAAUCUCCCCCGAUGCAACGCAACUGCUACUCGUCAUGGAGAACGACAACGAACAGUGUCGCGCGGUACUGAGAGAUUUAAAGUCGGGGAAGUUGCAGCCUCUGACAGACGUCACGGACAUCAAAAACGUCGAGUGGAGCUCAGCGCCUCCGCCGAAACGCGUUUUCUAUUAUACCAAAGUGGACGCGCACGGACGGCCGUUUGCAGUGUACAGAUACAACUUGGCAACUCAUGCGCAAGAACUGAUCUACGAAGAGCAGGACGAGGCUUUUUUCGUGGAUGUAUCGCAGACGAAGGACGCGCGGUUCGUGCUCAUCAACUGCAACUCGAAGAACACGUCCGAGAUCUACGCGCUGGACGGCCACGACGUCACUGCGCAGCCUCAACUACUGAGGCGGCGGGAAGCCGGCACGUUGUACUUUGCAGACCACGCCGCCGGCCAGUUUUUCGUCUCCACGUCCUCUUCACUUGGCGAAUGGCAAACGCUCGUUCCUGAGCACGAAGACGUGAAGAUCGAGGAUGUGGAUCUGUUUGAGAACUACUUGGUGCUCUAUGAGCGAGAACACAGCGUUCCUCGUAUCCGAGUGUGCACUCUGGGCGAAAAGAGUGAUGCGUGUACCAACACUCCUCAUUAUAUUCCGUUGCCCAAGGAGCACGAGAUUUGCCGUGUGUCUCCUGGAGUAAAUCGCGAUUAUGAUGCACACCACGUCCGGUUCCAAGUGUCCACGCCUCUGGUCCCAGAGAUCGUGUACGAUUACGACAUGAAGAACCGAGGGCUCCACGUUCUCAAGGAGACCGAGCUGACGGAUCGAUCGCUCGAUUUCAAGCGUGACAGCGGAGACAAGACCAUUAAAUCGUCGUUUGAGCCGGGGCAGUACGUCUGCGAGCGAUGCUACGUGCCUAGUAUGAGUAGUCUGGGUGUCAAGAUUCCACUGACGCUCAUCCACCGCCGCGAUAUCUCGCUGAAUGGACAGAAUCCGACGCUAUUGAUCGGCUACGGGGCGUACGGAAGCAAUCUUGAAGCCGACUUUGAGCUGGAACAUUUGAGUUUACUGGAGCGUGGCUGGGUCAUUGCUCUUGCACACGUUCGUGGUGGCGGAGAGCUAGGCUUGCAAUGGUACCAGGCUGGCAAGGGCAUGCAGAAGCGACAAUCGUUCGAUGACUACGUCUCGUGCACUCAUCAUCUCCUCGACGCCGGGUUCACAAACCCCAAGCGACUCGCAGGGAAGGGGGUGAGUGCCGGUGGCCUUAUCAUGGGAUACGUGGCCAACGAGUACCCGCAGCUCUACCAGGCGCUGGUCAUGAAGGUGCCGUUCGUCGACAUCCUCGCAACGAUGCAGGACCCGACUUUGCCGCUGACAGUGCACGAAUACGACGAGUGGGGCGAUCCAACUGGACCAAAAGUGCUCGAGUACAUUCAGUCGUACGCGCCGUGUGAUAAUGUGCGUGAGCAUCAGGUGUAUCCUGCCAUGUUCGUGACCGGUAGCUUGAACGAUCAGCGAGUGCAGUUCUGGGAGCCUACCAAGUGGAUGUACAAGGUGCGUAAAGUGCAGGCCUCGUUGCCAAAGCGUGACAAGCGUUUGAUGCUGUUGAAAAUGUCGGAAGACGAAGGUCAUUUCGGUGGUGGCGGGCGAUUGGAACAGUUGGAGGAAAGUGCCAUGGAGAUGGCGUUUCUGUAUCAAGCGAUGAACCUGCCGUUUCCGCCAAAAUAG